AUGUUUCCGAGGAUUUUGCCCAGAUUUCGCUCCGUACAACUGAGAUCUUUUAGCAACACAACACCAAGAUCGGAAAUCUUAGAUAUAAAAAGUUUGCCGGAUAGAAUAGUUCCUCGAUAUCAUCGUUCACAAGAGAGUGAUCUCCUUUCUUUACAAUGGCCCUCACCACCUCGAAAUCUUCUCAUCAUAAAAAAGGAUCGUUCCCCGACCGUGGCUGAGGCUCUCCUUGAAUAUGUAAACAACACAUCUCUCAUAUUCGAGCAAAAGGUGGCCGAGAGUAUACACAAUUCUUUGACAUUUCCAAUAUACAGUACUGAUCAUCCAUCUCUCUUCCCAUCUAAAGUUGAUAUGGUAACAACACUUGGGGGAGAUGGAACAAUUUUACAUGCCUCUUCUCUUUUCAGCACAACUCGUCAUGUUCCUCCAAUUCUUUCCUUUAGCAUGGGUACUCUAGGCUUCUUGGGAGAAUGGAAGUUUGCUGAAUAUAAACGAGCCUUUCGAGAAGUCUACAUGUCGGGCGCUGCUGCUGGGUCUCACCUCUUUCAAGAUGAGAUGCAUCCUCACAUCCAAACACCUACUUCAGAUAAGAUUGACGAUAUGUCUGGCUGGUCAAAUAUGAGAGGCAAGUCCAUGGGACCAACCAGGAGCUCGAAAGUACUUCUCAGAAAUAGAUUGAAGGUAGAGGUCUUUGACGCUGAUGGAAAAAGUGCUCACGAGAGUGCAGAAGGCGAUGUGCAUGCCAUGAAUGAAGUUAUUAUUCAUCGGGGGAAAGAAGCACAUUUAGCCAUUAUUGAAGUUUUUGUCAAUAAUCAAUUUUUGACUGAGGCUGUUGCAGAUGGUAUGAUCAUUUCCACACCAACAGGAAGUACGGCAUAUAGUCUGAGUUCUGGUGGCAGUAUUAUUCACCCCCUCGUCAGCAGCCUCCUUUUGACACCGAUCUGUCCAAGAAGUCUUUCAUUUAGACCUCUUGUGGUACCUGCAAAUACACCAAUCAAACUUCGACUGAGUGAUAAGAAUAGAGGAAGGGAAUUGGAAGUUAGUAUUGAUGGACAGAGACGAAGUAUUGGAGUUGGCGUCGGCAUGGAAGUGAGAGUCCAAGGCGAGGAAAUGGUAAAAGGCAGCAGCGAGUGGGGUGGGGGCGUUCCUUGUGUUAUGAGAGGGGCCAAAAGUGGCAUGAAGGAUGACGAUGGUUGGGUUGGAGGCUUGAAUGGGCUGCUGAAGUUUAACCAUCCUUUUGGCGAAGAAUAA